UCAAGUUGUCCCGCAACUUUUUUGUUUCGCCAGCAAGCGGAGCUGUUGAAUCGCUAAAGUUAAUUUAACUUUUACAAGACGUGCAACUUAAUUAUUUUUGUGUGCAUUAUUUUUAUUUCCUGUUGUAAUUUUACAAUUCAUGGAAGUACAUUGUUAAUAAUAAUUCGUUGAAAGGUUAAACUAAAAUUGUUAAAUUUCCAAGUUUAAUUGCAGUGAACGCACAACCAAUCAGGUCGCGUCCUGUUCUCCAAUAAGGAAGUGAAAGUCCGAUGCAGCAAGCUGUAGCAUAAGCAGCACUAGCUCGUUCGAGUUGCUGAAAGUAAGCCGUAUAAAGGCUAAAUAAGUCAAGUAAAGUUCCCUGUUUGUUCAUGAGCAGGCCAAAGUGUUCUACGGUGGAUCUGUAGUAAAGGCAAGACUACAGUAAACAUCAGUAAAACAAGAACUCUCGAGUCUCCAUUCGUGAACAAGCCGGUAUAGUAGAACACUUCUGCUUCGGAGAGAGAAAGUACAACACCUCUGGUUCGGAGAAGUGAAAGUAGAACAUUUCUGCUCUGGAGAAAGAAUUCCAGAGAAGGCAACAUGGCGGUCGGAAGAAGCUGCAAGUAAGACAUGCUACACACGCUUGGAAAUGCAUUGAAGAAGUCAAUAAGCAAGCUAAUAAGUUAAAGCUAAUCAAGAAAGCACUAAGACUUGUGUAUCGCAAGUAUUACAAGUACUUCCAAGGUGACAUUUACGCAAAAGGUUGCACAUUUGCCAGCAAGAUAAAAGUCACUGUAUGCGUAUAAAGUGAAAACAAGGCAAAAUGGCAGAAGACAAGAAAGAUAUUAUCCAGCCCGCUGAACAAAGCAGUGCAGGAUUGUUUGUGCAGGAUGAAAAUAAAGAACAGCAUUCAGAAGCUCAAGCAGUUGGAGAAGAAACACUUCUGUCAUCAAUGUUCACUGAUAGCACACAUCCAGAAGUUCCACGUAGAAGUCAGCGUGCACGCACUCUCACUGAAAAAGGAAAAUCCUUACAAGAAGCCAAGUUCAUUGAUUUGGUAAAGGACUUUGAGCGAAUUUAUAAGAAGUGGAAAUACCAAAUUAACAGUUUUAAAAGAAUGCUGAAAUACAAGGACACUGAUUUGCUACCUGAAGCUGUGAGUGCUAUAAGCGCUAUCAGGACUGAGAUAUGUGAAAUCUAUGACAAAUUCAGAAGUAGGGAUGAAAUUCCUGAUUUUGAAAUAAGAAGAAAAUGUGAUAUGUGCUGGUCUAUCACUGAAGCAGCCAGAGCAAAAGCUCAGUGUCUUCUGGAAGAAAAAGGUGAUCCAGAUAGCAUCGCCUGGCCUGACUCAGAGUCAGUUUUUGAAGGUAGUUCUUCUAGCGUUUCUUCUAUACUGACACAUAAAUCAAAGUCCAUGUCAGGAAUGUCCCAACAGUCGUCUGUAGUUUCACUACAACAAAGACAAGCUGCAGCUGAAGUAGCAGCUUCUGAAGAAGUCAUUAAAAUAAUGAAAACACAGCAUCAAUGUGAAGAAGAAAUAAGAGAACUUGAAGUUGAGGAUGCAAAGAGAAGAGCUCAAUUUCUGACAGAAAGCACAACAAUAAAGACUAAGUUAGAGGAAAAGAAAAAAGAAGUGGAACUAUUAAAAGAAAUUCAAAAGCACAAUGCAGCUCAAGCCAGAUUAAGGGUGUAUGCUGAAAGUCUAAACAGUGAGUUUGAAGAAAAACCUCCUGUUUCCAAUUCUGAAGUUAAACACGAUAAUUCUCUUCCACAACCGUGCGUUCUCAAUGUCCAUUCUAAACCAUUUGUUCCAUCUCAAGUUGCUGCUCUCACAAGUCAGCAGUUUGCACCUCAACAAGCAGCUGUGCAUCAACCAGCAAUGACAACUGCAACAUCCAUUGAUCUCGUACAGACAUUGGCUGAAGCAAUCACGGCAAACAGAAUUCCAAUCCCGGAGCCUGCUAUCUUCACAGGUGACCCGCUGCAGUUUAAUGAUUGGAAACUGUCUUUUCAAACAUUAGUUGAUCGUAAAAAUAUCCCAACUCAAGAAAAACUUUUCUUCCUAAGAAAGUAUGUUGGAGGUUCAGCUAAAAUGGCCAUCGAAGGACACUUUUUAGUUGGAACAGAUGCAGCCUAUUCUGCUGCCUGGGAAAUUCUCAAUGACAGGUUUGGAGAUCCAUUUGUGAUUGGCAAGUCAUAUCGAGAUAAGAUUCAGUCGUGGCAUAAAAUCGGCACCAAAGACAGUAAAGAUUUACGCCAGUUUGCAGAUUUCCUAACAAGUGUUGAAUCAGCCAUGCUUUGCAUUAAAAAUCUACAAGUGUUGAAUGACUGUGUAGAAAAUCAGAGAAUAGCAGCAAAGCUCCCUGAUUGGCUAAGUGCACGCUGGAAUAGAAAGGCGACUGAAUUCCAAGAUGAACACAAAAUGUUCCCUGACUUCAGUUAUUUUGUGAAAUUUCUGAAUAAAGAAGCAAGAAUUGCAUGCAAUCCAAUCACUUCGUUGCAGGCAAUGAAGCCAAGUGAACCAGAUAAGUACAUGUUCAAAGAGAAGCCAAGAGGGAACAAAAUGCUGAAUGCUAAAUCACUCAGCACAAGCUCCAAUGAAAAACCAAAUAUCACAUGUCUUUUUUGUAAGAAACCUGGUCACACAAUUCAUAAAUGUCGAAAGAUCCUCGAAAAGUCGGUGGAAGAAAGAGUUAAGUUUGUGCAGUCUGAAAAACUGUGUUUUGGCUGUCUCAAGUCCGGUCAUAACUCCAAAAACUGUACGUCAAGAAGUGUUUGUGACAAGUGCCAAAAGCCUCAUCCAACGUGUCUUCAUCAAGACAGAGAGAAAAGAGACAAGGAACAAAGACCAAAGAACGAUCAAGUAAGGUCAACAUCAAAUCAGGAAACAGUGUCAGAAGAACAAGAGUCCACACAAGUUACGUCUAACAGAGUAGUGCAACAAAGGUCACAAGGUUGUACUUCUUCAGUUAUUCCAGUCUAUGUCUCAACGGUGGAUGAACCAAAAAACGAAAGACUUGUGUAUGCUUUGCUUGACACUCAAAGCGACACCACAUUCAUUUUGAAGGACACAGCUGAGACCUUAAACACAAAGUCUGAGCCGGUCAAACUUAAGAUCUCCACAAUGACUUCUAAAACAAAGAUCGUGUCAAGCCACAAGAUGAAAGACCUACAAGUAAGGGGCAUGAAUUCCGAAACAAGAAUCAAGUUGCCCACAACCUAUACUCGAAACUACAUUCCUGCCAACAGAUCACAUAUUCCUACAAGUAAGACGGCAGAGAAUUGGUCCCAUCUGAAACAUCUCGCAAGUGAGAUGGCACCCAAGCUUGACUGCGAUGUAGGGUUACUGAUUGGGUAUAAUUGUCCUCAAGCUUUACUCCCACUAGAAGUCAUUAGUGGUGAAAGAGACCAGCCAUUCGCACUGAAAUCCCUGCUUGGUUGGUGUAUUAUUGGCUACAGUGACACCGAGAGUGCAUAUGUAGAUGAAAUAGGAGUGAGCCAUCGUGUUAUUGUGAAACAAGUCAUACCAGCUAUUGAACCAAGCUGUAAACUCAAACCUGAAGUGCACUUUGUGAACAGAAACAAAGUCAAAGAAGUCACUCCUGCUCAAAUAAUUAAAGUGUUGGAAAUGGACUUCGUUGAAAGAAGCAUUGAAGAAGAGUCGAUGUCACAAGAGGACAUGUUAUUUCUGACUAAAGUAAGAGAAGGCAUCAAACAAAAGCAAGAUGGUCACUUUGAAAUGCCACUACCCUUUAAGAAAGAAAAACCUGAAUUGCCAAAUAACAAAAUUUGUGCAGAACACAGGCUCAAGUGUCUUGAGCGGCGCCUCCGGAAAGAUGAGCGCUACUACAAAGAUUAUGUGGCAUUCAUGCAAGACAUCAUACAGAAGGGUGAUGCUGAAAAGGUGCCAGAAGCUGAGCUACACAACCAACCAGCAUGGUACAUACCUCAUCAUGGCAUCUACCAUCCACAGAAGCCACAUAAGAUACGUGUUGUCUUCGAUGCCUCGGCAAAGUUUCAGAAUACAUCUCUGAAUGAACAUCUCCUGUCAGGGCCAGAUCUCACAAACACCCUCGUUGGAGUUCUGUGUCGUUUCAGGAAAGGACAGGUGGCUAUCAUGUGCGACAUAGAGCGCAUGUUUCAUCAAUUUCAUGUCGCCACACAAGACCAGGACUACCUUAGAUUCCUAUGGUGGGAGGACGGUAACAUGGAAAAGCCACCAGCAGUUUUUCGCAUGAGAGUCCACUUGUUUGGCGCAGCAUCAUCGCCUGGCUGCGCAAACUUUGGAUUGAAACAUUUAGCUGACCAAGGAAAAAGUAAGUUCAGUCAAGCCACUGUUAAGUUCAUCCAACACAACUUCUACGUUGAUGAUGGUUUGCUAAGUGUAAAUUUGGAAGAAGAAGCUCUGCAGAUUGUAAGAGAAGCCAGAGAACUAUGUGACACAGCAAAGCUGCACCUGCACAAGUUCAUUAGCAACUGCGAAAAGGUGAUUGCUAUUAUUCCAAAGGAAGAAUGUGCAGAAGGAGCAACAGAACUGGAUCUAGCACUGGGAGAGCCAAAGAUGGAAAGAGCCUUAGGAGUUCACUGGUGUGUAACAUCGGACAUAUUCUGCUUCAGAGUUGUCAUGAAAAACAACCCCUUCACCAGAAGAGGAGUGCUCUCCACAGUGGCCUCAAUAUUCGACCCACUCGGAUUUGUGGCCCCAUUCAUUCUCGUCGGCAAAAGAAUCCUCCAAAGAAUGUGUCAGGAAAAGCUGGAUUGGGACGAGCCGCUUCCACAAGAUCUCAAACCUGAAUGGGAAGCCUGGCUUAGAGACCUCCAGAACCUGUCCACAAUCAAGAUAUCACGUUGCUAUGUUCCGUCAACAUUCAACCAAGUCCAACAGUAUGAGUUACACAGCUUUUCUGAUGCCAGUGUAUCCGGUUACGGCGUGUGCUCAUAUCUAAGAACAGUGACGAAGUCUGGAGAAGUUCACUGCACCCUUGUAAUGGGGAAAGCAAGAGUCGCACCUACGAAAGUGACAACGAUUCCAAGACUGGAGCUUUCAGCGGCUGUUGUAGCUACAAGAACAGCUAGCUUUCUGAAAAGAGAGUUAGAAAUACCGGACAUUCAAGAAUACUACUGGACUGAUUCUAAAGUCGUCCUUGGUUACAUCAAUAAUGACGCAAGACGCUUUCAUGUAUUCGUUGCUAACAGAAUACAACAAAUCAGAUCAAGCACAGAACCUAGUCAAUGGCGAUAUGUCGCCUCUGAACUAAAUCCUGCAGAUCACGCAUCGCGAGGAAUCAUGACCAGAGAAUUAGUUGAGUCCAACUGGUUCACUGGCCCAUGUUUCUUAUGGCAAAAGGAACUGCCCAAAGAUGAUGUUAAACUGAAAGAGAUUAACACUGAAGAUCCAGAGCUAAAGGUCAUGCAUGUUUUCACAGUACAAGCAAAGGAGGAGAAAUAUGUCACUGAACGGCUGCAAAAGUUCUCAGAUUGGACAAGAGCUGUGAAAGCAAUUGCAAGAUUAAGAAGAUAUGUUAAGUCUGCAAAGAAUUCAAAAGUGAUGUCAAAUGAAAGUACUACAUUGGAAGAAAGAAAAGAAGCUGAAGAGUUCAUCAUACGCACAAUUCAAAAGGAGACAUUCAGCAAAGAAAUCCAAUCACUCAAAGACAAAGAAGAACUCAAGUCAUUUCAAUCAAAGUUGUACCAGUUAAGUCCAUUCCUUGACAUGCAUGAUAUCCUUAGAGUGGGAGGCAGACUGACGAAGGCAUCGCUCCAUCCCAACAUCAAACAUCCAGUUAUCAUGCCAAGAGAUCAUCACGUCUCACGUUUGCUCAUCAAACAUUGUCAUGAGAAGAUACACCACCAAGGUCGAGGAAUGACAGUCAAUGAAAUUCGUGCUAAUGGCAUCUGGAUAAUUGGCUGCAGUACUGAAGUUUCAUCGUUCAUAUACAAAUGUGUCAAAUGCCGAAGAUACAGGAAAUACAACCAAGAACAAAAGAUGGGCGACCUGCCAUCUGAAAGACUAGAAGCAACCCCUCCAUUCGCAUGCAGCGGUAUGGAUUGUUUUGGACCUUUCUGUGUUAAGGAAGGGAGAAAGGAAGUCAAGAGGUAUGGACUUUUGUUUACAUGUAUGUGCUCGAGAGCUAUUCAUAUCGAAGUUUUGGAUGACCUCAGCACAGACUGUUUUCUCAAUGCACUGCGUUGCUUCAUAGCAAUACGUGGCAAUGUCAGUCAACUGCAUUGCGAUCAAGGCACUAAUUUUAUUGGUGCACGGAAUGAGCUCCUAACACAAGCAACUCAAGAGAAGGUCAAAAGUCUCGGGAUAAGUUUCGUCUUCAACCCACCUGCUUCAAGUCACAUGGGAGGAGUCUGGGAAAGACAAAUUCGGACAAUAAGGAAUGUUCUUAGAGCCAUUCUCGACGAGUCAGCUUCAAGAUUGGACACUUCAUCAUUGAGAACCUUCAUGUAUGAAACUAUGGCAAUAGUGAACAGUCGUCCACUAACUGUUGAGUGCCUUAAUGAUCCUGUAGGACCUGAGCCGCUCACACCGAAUCAUAUUUUGACUAUGAAAUCAACAGUGAUCACACCACCACCUGGAGAAUUCGUCAAAGAAGACCUCUACCUGCAAAAAAGAUGGAAAAGACUGCAGUAUUUGGCGAAUGUAUUUUGGACCAGAUGGCGAAAGGAAUAUCUGUUAAACCUGCAACAGAGACUUAAAUGGAGUAAGAACAGAAGAAACAUGAAGAUCGACGACAUCGUUCUUCUACAGGAAGACUGUGUUCCGAGGAACCAGUGGAAACUCGCCAAGGUUGUAGAAGUCACACCCGGAGCUGAUGGCAGAGUCAGAAAGGUCAAGCUUCUGAUUGGUGACUCUAAGACUGUUUUAGAAAGACCGAUACACAAAACGGUACUUUUGCUAGAAGCUGGUUAAGGACUAAUAGAUGUUUGACUUUGUAAAUAGUUCAUCAUUGCAUAUUGUUUACUUGAAUGUUAAGGAUCACACAUACUGUAGUAAUAGUGUGAUGGUGGGAGUGUAACAGCUGUCAAGUUGUCCCGCAACUUUUUUGUUUCGCCAGCAAGCGGAGCUGUUGAAUCGCUAAAGUUAAUUUAACUUUUACAAGACGUGCAACUUAAUUAUUUUUGUGUGCAUUAUUUUUAUUUCCUGUUGUAAUUUUACAAUUCAUGGAAGUACAUUGUUAAUAAUAAUUCGUUGAAAGGUUAAACUAAAAUUGUUAAAUUUCCAAGUUUAAUUGCAGUGAACGCACAACCAAUCAGGUCGCGUCCUGUUCUCCAAUAAGGAAGUGAAAGUCCGAUGCAGCAAGCUGUAGCAUAAGCAGCACUAGCUCGUUCGAGUUGCUGAAAGUAAGCCGUAUAAAGGCUAAAUAAGUCAAGUAAAGUUCCCUGUUUGUUCAUGAGCAGGCCAAAGUGGUAUGUAUAUUUUCAUUUGUGUUUUAUAUUUUGUAUAUUUUCAUUUAUUCAAUUGUACACCACUUCAUUGUAUCACCAGUUCUACGGUGGAUCUGUAGUAAAGGCAAGACUACAGUAAACAUCAGUAAAACAAGAACUCUCGAGUCUCCAUUCGUGAACAAGCCGGUAUACUGAGACUAUCACAGAGCAGGUGCAUUUAUACGGAGACUUGAUUACACACAUUUGGAUUCUAUUUAUCAUCAUCGGUCAUUUAGGACAACAUUGGAUCAUUCAGAGAUCCUCACUGAACUUCUGGAGUGAGUUUGCUGCACUGAAA